ACCAAACAGAACUACCAGGCCAGGUAGUGGUCCAAGAAGGAGCGUGCGAGUUCGAGCUGAUAUAAUCGUCUUUUUUUUUUUUAAACUAUGUUAAAGUUUGAACUCUAAUGCCUAAAUUUUAAAGUAUAAUAUUUUAUAUUUAUCGUUUGUAUUUUGACGCAAAAGUAGUUUAAUGAACUUUUUUAAACGGAGUCGACGUCAUAUUAAACAUUACAUUAACGAGGCCACCAGCGGCGGGGAACACAGCAGGUGCAAGAAGAAGCUAAGGUGACGUUCGAGGUCGCUGUAGUCACAACACGAACCCAUAGAGGCACAUUUAAACUGUAGUUCAGCCGAAGGACAUUUAUUUACUUGUACUGACAAACCCCACUGGAAGAAUUCCUUCCCUGCUUGAGAAUAAGAUCGCUGCAUUGAAGGCUGUAUUGAAGUCCCCAUGGUGCAGCAUUUGAAUGGCGGGAUAACCAGAGAUGUGGUGGGUCCACAGAAAAGAUCUGCUUUGUCAUGGUCAUUAAAGAUGACUCCUGUGCCUGUGCUCGGCAAGUUCCGACCAAUUGUGGGUCAGUGCUGCCAACAGUGCACUCCAGACAGUCUAUCACGCCAUUAUAAGAACUUUGGACAAAGCCCCUCUCUUGGCUUCCACAACAUUCUCUGUGUCGAUGAGACUCACACUAGGUACAGAGGCUGGCUAGUGCGGAGGAUAUGCUGCAUGCUGUUUGUGAGUGGGUGCAAGGUUUAUCCGAGUCCUGUUAACACCCGACAGGAGAGGGCCUGUGAGAGCAACAGGGUGAGGGAGGUUCUUGCGGCAGACCCGAAAGCGCCUGAGGGGGGUGACAGCCAAGGGCAGCUCAAAACCAUCUCAUCAUUUUCCCCCAUAAUUAAUACCUGCAUCUCCCCAGUUUUUUUAAGAUGUGUGGGUUGGGCGGUGAUGAAGAUGUUUGACUCUGUUUUUGGCAGUAUUCAAGUGAACCUCAACCAUUUUGUGGCUUUGCACAGAGCCUCAGAAGAGGGAUCGCUGCUGGUCUACGUGUAUGUGCGUCAGAGCAUCAUGGACAGUGUUCUCAUCUCUCUGGUGCUCUUCUGUAACAACCUGAGAGUCCCAUACACAAUUUGUCCAGUCCAAAUCUACAACUCCUUCCUCAGAUCGAUCCUUCAGAAAAUUGGCGUGAUCCUCUUGCCGCCGUCUGCAGCGACCGAGCAAGAUGCAGAGAUGGACAAUCUUUACGCGCCUGUCGUGACCUCUCUAAUACGUGAGCUGCUACAUGAGGGCCAAGCCUUAAGUGUCGGUGUGUCAGCAGAGUCUGGUCAAGGGGGCCAGUGGCUGGCUCGUAUCAGGCAGCUCAUCAAAGAGGAGUCUGUCCCUGAUAUCAGUCUGGUCCCUGUGGGCAUCUCCUAUGACUGUGUGCCAGAAAUGCACACGCAGGUUGGCUGUCUAUUUCGCUGGCUGUUGUCUCUUCUUUGGAGAAAACCAGAAGGAAUCGUUAGGAUCCAUCUCGCACAGCCCUUUUCUCUUAAGGAGAUGUACGCAUCAGGCAGGUGCAGAGUAGUUGAAUGGCGCCCUCUACAGGACCUGUUGCUGCCUGUUAUCCUCAACGAAAGCACUGAGAGUGAGUUUGGUCAGAGGAAGAUAUCGUGGCUUUUGCCUUCUCAUUCUGCGUCAGAAACCACAGAGCCAACUCAUCAGGAGACCGAGCUCAGCAUUGCCAUUGCUGCCCACCUCAUCUUCUCUGCAACCUCCUGCAUGGCUGUAAUGUCCACUAAUCUGCUGUCCAGUCUUUUGCUGUACAGACACCGCAAGGGUGCGAGCAUGUCGGUCUUGUGUCGUGACGUCGCCUGGCUCACAGAGGAGCUCUUGUUCAGGAACAAAGAUGUCGGAUUUGGAGGAAGUCUAACAGAGGUGGUCCACUACUCCCUAGCACUGCUCGCCCCUCACCUCAUCAUAGCGGCAGUGCCGUUAAGGCAAGACCCUUUAAUUGUUCCUCGUCCUACGCUUGCUGCCACACUUCACUUCGACCUGCAGGCCCAGAUUGUCACCCAUACUUUUAUUUUGGAAGCAGUUGGCGCAUGUGCGGUUUCAGCCAUGCUAUAUGAGAUUGCAGGCAGUGGCGUCAGCAGCAAGAUGAGGCCCGACAGCGCAGAUGGAGACGAAGUCAAAGGUGACAUGGAAUUUGAUGUGGUGCUCUGCCAGUCCGAGCUGACUGAAAAAGCCCUGCAGCUCUGCCAUCUCCUGCCUCCGGGCUUUAGACCGCCCUGCCAGUCUUCUCAAAGUUUCGCACUGGAUGCAAUUGACAGUCUGGUGCGAUGUGGCAUCUUGAUCAUGGAAGAAGUCCAGAGGGACAAUCCAAUCUGUGAUUUCUGGAGGAGAGAGGGUGCAUUGACCUGGACCCCCACAGAUGAGCUGUAUCAAAGCGAUUCUGAUUGUGAGGAGGAAGACUCGUGUUCCUACAAGAUAAGCCAGCCAAAUCACUGUCCCGACAUGCUCUUCUUCCUCUGUAACAUGCUGGCCGGACGUCUGAGGGUUCUCUGCUGGACUACCACAUUCCUGGACCACCUACACACUCCUCUGCCAGAAGCCCAUUUUGUGCCUCAGCUGUGCUUUCAUCUGUGUGAAACAGCAAAUAAGAAGAAACAGUACUACGAGAGCUGCUCACAGGAGGCUGCUCACGCUGCAGUUGGAACACUAAUAGACCUGGGGGUCCUCAUGGAGGAGCGGUGUGAAGGAGGAGUCUUCCUGGGCGUCACACCUUUGUUCCAGUUGGCAGAAAACAGGCAGAAACUGCAUUGCUUCAUCUCUCAGUACCUCUACAAUUAAUGUGAUAAAUAGCAGCGUUUAAUGCUACUCCGUCUUUGGAUGCAGCCCAAACUGCUUGGAGUAAAAAUACUGUUUCGUGAUCGAGAGGCUGCAUGCUGAGUUGCAGACGCCUUUGGGGUUAAUUGCAUUGAGAUUUUUCAGUUAUGAGACAUUGAUUUAAAGUUUUUCCUCUGUAAUAUCAUUAGCAUAAAGCUGCAGGAGACGGGAUUAUGAGGUUGCUGUAAUCAGCUGUGUGGCGCCGCCGUAGCGUGAUGAUGCAGAGUCCUUUCCCCCAUGUUUACAUUGUAACGAGGGCGCUUUUGUUUGUAGCCUAAUCACAUUUCUGCUCUUGGUUUCACCUACUGUUACCAAGUUUAUUAUUGCACGUUAAUGGAUGCCCGUGCUAAUGAGGCCCAUUUCUGUUAAUUUCAUUGUUAUUAAACUGAUCUGAGUUUUUUCAUCGUAUUUAUAAA